AGACUGGGCUCUGAGCUCCUCGCCCCCGCAGGGCGGCGGGGACACCCUGCAGGUGGCCGCACGAGGUGGGCGCGCCGGGUGCCUUGGCGACGCGGACGGCCUGGGUAGGAUGGCGGAGCUGUGGCUACUGCGCCCUGACGCACAGACACCUGUGGCUUCCUCCGGUUUGGGCCAGGAGCGCCGAUCCGCGUGGGCCUGGCGACUUCUGGGCCAGAGGGCUGUCUCCGGGGCUCCCCAAGCUUCCUCGGGGUCUGACUUUGAUGCAAACGUUGAACCCAGCCCCUGGGUGGAGGUGCGAUCUCCGUGCCAAGCUCCGGGCAUCCACUGUCUUUCAAAUCCUCCUGAAUCCCCAGGACCCAGGUUCUAAUAUACCCACUUUACGGAGGAGGAAACUGAGGCUUGGGGAGGGAAAGUUGUGCCGCCGAGAAGCGCCUUCAGCCUAAAUUGGAUGAAUCCAAGCUACUUAGGGCGGAAGCCAUCCUUAGAGGCUGCCCUUGCGCCAAUGAGCCUUCCCAACAUCUCCUCAGCCUUUGAAGACAAGAUGUGUGAGGGGAACAGGACCGUCAUGGCCAGCCCUCAGCUGCUGCCCCUGGUGGUGGUUCUAAGUAGCAUCUCCCUGGUCACAGUAGGUCUCAACCUGCUGGUGCUGUAUGCUGUACACAGUGAGCGUAAACUGCACACCGUGGGCAACCUGUACAUUGUCAGCCUGUCGGUAGCAGACCUGAUCGUAGGUGCAGUCGUCAUGCCCAUGAACAUCCUUUAUCUCAUCAUGACCAAGUGGUCCCUGGGCCGCCCCCUCUGCCUCUUUUGGCUUUCUAUGGAUUAUGUGGCCAGUACAGCAUCCAUCUUCAGUGUCUUUAUCCUGUGUAUUGAUCGAUACCGCUCUGUCCAGCAACCCCUCCGGUACCUGAGGUAUCGAACCAAGACCCGCGCGUCAGCCACCAUCCUGGGGGCCUGGUUUCUCUCCUUCCUGUGGGUUAUACCCAUUCUUGGCUGGCAUCACUUCAUGCCCCCGGCCUUAGCGCUUCGGGAAGAUAAGUGUGAGACAGAUUUCUACAACGUCACGUGGUUCAAGAUCAUGACCGCCAUCAUCAACUUCUACCUCCCCACUGUGCUCAUGCUGUGGUUCUAUGUGAAGAUCUACAAGGCUGUGCGGAGACACUGUCAGCACCGCCAGCUCACCAAUGGCUCCCUCCCUUCCUUCUUAGAAAUCAAGCUGAAGUCAGAGGAUGUCAAGGAGGAUACCAAGAAACCUGGGAAAGAGUCACCCUGGGGGGUCCUGAAAAGGCCAUCAAGAGACACUAGUGGAGGACUAGAUCAGAAGUCAACCUCCGAAGAUCCCAAGAAGAUAAACUCACCAACUGUUUUCAGCCAAGUGGAUGAUGGGGAAACAGUCACACACCACUGUUUCCAUCGUGACUCCAUGCAGACACAGACCAUGGCUGAGGGAGGUGGCAGAGGCUCAGAGGCCAUUGAACAGGCCCUGAGCCAGCCCAAAAGGGAUGAGCAGAACCUGAAUACUUGCCGGCGGAUCAGUGAGACAUCAGAGGACCAGACUUUGGUGGAUCGACAGUCCUUCUCCCGGGCCACAGACUCCGACACCAGCAUAGAGCCAGGGCUGGGCAGAGACAAACUGAGAAGUGGGUCAAACAGUGGCCUCGAUUACAUCAAGAUCACCUGGAAGCGGUUCCGCUCACAUUCCAGACAGUAUGUGUCUGGGCUGCACUUGAACCGAGAGCGGAAGGCGGCCAAACAGUUGGGUUUUAUCAUGGCGGCCUUCAUCCUCUGCUGGAUUCCCUAUUUCAUCUUCUUCAUGGUCAUUGCCUUCUGCAACAGCUGCUGCAGCGAACCUGUGCACAUGUUCACCAUCUGGCUGGGCUACAUCAACUCCACGCUGAACCCCCUCAUCUAUCCCCUGUGCAAUGAGAACUUCAAGAAGACAUUCAAGAAAAUUCUGCACAUUCGCUCCUAAGGGCACAGCAAGAGGAUGCCACAUAGUGGGUGGACAGCAUCUGAUGUCCAAGAGGGAACCAGAGGAAGAAAGCGUGGGCGUCACGAGGGCCCUGGGCGUUGGGGAAUAGAAUCUAAGAUCUUGGCCUGAGCAGUAUGGAGGCAUUCCCAGGGACUAUCAGAAGAAGAGCAGGUGGCGGUGGUUGGCAGGAAGAUUGUACUUCGGGUAGAAAGCAGAAUAUUUGAAAGAAGCGACCUGGCAGAGUACGCCUGGCCUUCAGGAACUGUGGGAGUCUCAGGUGCUCAUGGGAAGUCUGGCUCUCUGAUGUGAGUUCCUUAGUAAUCCAAGAGGGCAGUGUGUGGCAGAGUUCUUCUGGAGGGUAAGCCUGGACUCGGAGCCUUCCCAAGCAAGAGCUACGUGACUGCAGAGACCUACACACAGAUGCUGUCCCCCCCCAGGGGAUCACCUGGACAGGCAUGGCAGCCAUUCCAUCUCAACCACCACUUCUCAGAACACAGCCCUUCUGAGCCUCUCCUACAGCUUGCUCCAGGGCUGUCUGCCCCACCCUGGAACCUGCCUUACCUGUGUCAGAGUUGCUAGGAAAUUAGGCAGCUUGCAAGUCCAUUUUUCUUAACUCCUAGUUCCUUUUGGCUCUUAAAAUGGUAACAACAGCAGCAGCAGCAACAACAACAACAACACACAGUGACAAAACUGACCUCACAAGUCAGGAGGAGGAAGUGGUUUUUGAAUGGUUGCAUCUUAAAAGCAAAGCAAAAGGCAGGCAAGAGGCUUGUUUCACGGGAGCUCCACCAGGGGGCUCUCAUGAGCAGGUCUGGUCUGUGCCGUGAGAAACUAGAAGCAGGCAGGGGAGAUGAGCUUCCUGAAGUCGCCUGACAUUCGUGUAAGAAGCUGGGGAUAAGGAUGUUGUGUGGUCCCAGCUCCUUAAUGGUCCACCAGUUUUCUCCAAAAAAGAAAAAAUAAUAAUGCAUCCUGUCAAGUACUCAUGGUAUUCACCAAGAGAGGUGACAGUUUCUCAAGCAGCUGGCAUGGAGCACAUCUGUGUCCUUAGAAGGUGACCCUAGGAAGGGACAAUAUGGUUUCUAUCUGUGAGACUGUGUGAUUCACACAUGCUAAGUGAAUCCUUUCGAAGGCACAAGAGCACCCAGUUCUACUUACACCACACGCCCGGUUCUUAUUUAUAUUUCAAAGUGUAAUGUUAAGCCUCAAUGCGUGUUGCAAGUAGGAACCCCUGUAAAAGCUGGUCUUUUGUGUCUGUGUUCCUGUGUGCAUGCUUUAUCUAAAUGAGACGCUAUUGCUUACCUGAAACAGGACAUUUGGAAUGACUGUUCCAUGACUGCUUUGUGCCUCCUUUUCUGAGUCUCACAGGCUGAGGGAACAGGUGGAAAUGAAAGCCUGACAGAGGACUUUCUGUCUGGUGUCUGCUCAAAUUUACAAAUGUCCUUUCAAAUGACUCUGUUUUCUAGAACAUUCCCCUCUCACUCUGCCUUGCAUCCUGGGACACUCUCCAUGCUCAGGCUCGGGGGAUAUUGGGGACUUUCCUGCUGGGUUUACAGGCUGCCACUGGCCAAUUUUUAGAAGCUCAGAGAAGGCUGUGAGUGAGCUCCUCCCCAAGGUGCCUCAGGAUGGAAGGGUACUUAGAAGGAUGACUCCGCAGUGGCUAAGUGCCAUCAUGCGUGGGGAGAACAGCACAGACAGCAGGUGCAGAGAAAUGGCCAUGUAGAGAAAAGAGCUUUGACUUGGGGUCUGACAGGGACAAGAUGGAUCAAUAAAUAAAACUGUCACCUAAAGAA